AUGGCGCCAUCGGCAGUGUCUGACUUUCCCAAUGUCAGUUCUCCUGGCACGAAGCCGACUGUCUAUGUUCUGGACUCGUUCCAGCCCGAAGUCAUUGCCUUUUGCCAAGAGAACUUCAACGUCAUCCUGCCGGGACAACCCAAGCAUGCGAGAUGGAAGGAUGCCCAGUUCCUCUUGAUCAGGUCGUCGCGCCUGACGGCGGAAGACAUCGCGGAUUGCCCCAAUCUCCUGGCCAUCGGCAAGCAGGGCGUCGGCAUCGACAAGAUUGACGCCGAGGCCUGCUCGUCCCGCGGCAUCAAGAUCUUCAACACCCCCGGCGUCAACGCCCGGGCCGUCGCCGAGCUGGUACUCACGCUGACGACGGCCGUCGCGCGCCAGGUGGGCGUCAUCGCCAGACAGCAGAACUCGGGCGUUGUCGUGCCCAAAGAGAAGUGCUCCGGCCUCAUCCUGCACCGGAAGACGGUCGGGAUCCUCGGCAUGGGCAACAUCGGGAAGUCGGUGGCGCAAAUCUUCCGCGGGGCGUUCGAGGCGGACGUCGUCGCAUACGACCCGUACCUGCCGUCCAAGGCCUGGAGCGACGUCCCUCACCACCGCGCCCAGUCGGUCGAGGAGGUGCUGUCGACGUCGGACGUUGUCACGGUCCACAUGCCGCUGACGCCGGCGACGCGCGACCUGAUCGGAUACGACCAGCUCAAGAGCAUGAAACGGACCGCCAUCGUCAUCAACACGGCCCGUGGGGGCAUCGUCAACGAAGACGGGUUGCAACGCGCCUUGGAGGAGGGCCUCAUAUGGGGCGCUGGCUUGGACUGCCACCAGCAAGAGCCUCCGAGCCGGGAGAGGUACGGGGCGUUGUGGGAAGCCGGGGCGGUCAGCACUCCCCACAUCGGCGCGGCGACAAGGGAGACACAGGUCCAGACCGGAAUGGCGGCGGCCGUGCGAUUGUUGGAGUAUGCCACCGCUAGGGUGAACUAG